UUCAAGUUUAAUUAAUUUAAUAAUUUAUCUUGAUUUCUUUUAAUUUUUAAUGAUGGGAGAUCCUAUACUGGCAGUGUUGAAACUGUAUUCUGCUAUGUUGAAGUUCAUCAGCUACCCAGUCAUCAUAAUACAUGAUGAUCAUGGUAUUGGUGUAUGGAUACAAAAAGAAAAACUACUUUAGAUUGAUUAUGGAAGAUGCUUCAGUACAGAAAUCUUAAGUUUUAUUUAACUCAAGAAAACUGGUUGCAGUUUGCCUAAAUAAUAGAUGUAUACAUUUUAAAAUCUUCCUUAUGAAGUCACAUCUGAUGCUCUUUACACCAUUAACAGUUAACAGUUGUUCAUCUUAAGGUGGAGCAAUUCAAAUUUGUUUUAAAACUAAUUAUGCACUUUCUCAAGAAAAUUUAAUAAAAAACAAAUAUGUUUACCUCAAACAACUCUGGCACUAGAAGUGAAUCUGAAAUGAAAGUCUUUGAACAGAAACUCCAGGAGCAGUUAGUGUUUGGUGAUGACAGUGUAGAUUCUGAAAUUUCUGAAAGCAACACAGAAUCUUAUGAAAGUAUAAAUCUGUUAGAUCUACCUUGGGAACAAGUCCUCAGUAGUUUUUUGCUUCCAUAUUUAAGCAUUCGUGAUUUAUUUAAACUUCGUGCAGUUAGCAGUGGCUGUCGUGAUUUAGUGCAGACUCACUUUCGUCUCCAGUUCCACAUAAACACAAGCAUGCUGGGGGACCAUUUUUCUACGCUGGGUUUUAACAUUAUGACAAAGGAUUGUACUAGUUUGAAGUCCAUUUGUGUUCGUGGUGCCAAAUCAUGGCUCACAAGUGAUGCAAUGCUACCCAUAAUCUCAAGAAACCCUCGUCUUGAAAAAGUUGAUCUCACUGGGUGCACAGCUUUGUCUGGUUCAACUGUUUACUCUAUAGGUGUCAACUGCACUCACAUCAAACACAUCUGCUUGAAAGAUUGUAUAUGGCUUAGUGGAGACAACUUUUUAUCCUUCUGGAGUAAAAAACACCAUAUAGAAUAUCUGGACUUGUCAGGGUGCUGGAAUGUUGAUGAUAAUUUAGUUGUUCAGCUCGUACAGUUUACUCCUAAGAUAAAGCAUUUGCUGCUGGCUAACUUGUAUGGAUUAACAGACAGGGCAGUGGGAGCUAUUGCUCACGGCUGUCCAAGCUUAGUCCAUCUGAGUCUUAGGGGCUGCUGGAGAGUCACAGAUAACUCAGUUAGACUGCUGGCACAGUACUGCUCCAAGCUGAAGGGUAUACAGGUACGCGAGUGCAGAGAUAUUACAGAAGAGAGCCUAGGUUAUUUACGCAGUCGCAAGGUACUAGUGGACAGACCACCACCCCCUGGUCCUCAUAUCUUUAGACUAGAACGGCCAAACAAUAAUCCACACACACCCAGGAUUAACUUAGUGCUCUAAUUCAGUCUUUUUAUGUAUAAUCUGAUUUACUUCCCUUUAGUCUUCAAAUUAUAAGAUGUGAAAUUUACUAGUUGCUUCCCUUGAAUCCUAAAACUUCAACACAUAAAAAUCAAAGGAAACAAUUCUACUUAAAAAAAUAAACUGCAGUAAAAACUCUACUUCUUCAUGCGUUUUAAUAAAAAUAAUUCCUUUUAAUUUUUAAAUUUUCAUUUGUGUUUUUAAAAACUGUGAUUUUAUUAUUAAAGUGAUUAUGUUUUUCUAGUUACUUCCUUUCUGUUUUACAUUUUAUAUUUUUGCUGCAAUUGAAGUAGCUAACACAAUUAGUUUCAUAUUAAUAUCAUUGAGAUCUACCUAAAAUAAUCCUGAUGUGCUGUGUUGUUUUUGUAUUGGA